UGCCACUAGAAGCUUCGCCUCAGCUGUAGUGAUACCAUGAAUACAAGGAAACACUUGCUGUCUGCAGCACGGCUUUUGUUGCCCACCAUUGGCUUGAGCCUCAUCUGUGCAGGCGCUUACAUCAAAUCUAUCCAAAGUGAACAACUGCAGAUUCUUAGAGAUAUCUCCACUUACUUAUUUAUCAUCCUGGGCUUCAUCCUGCUUUUUGCUGGAGUGUUGUGGUCUCUCGGUCACGGAAUGAAGAAUGUGCUGCUGAAACGCUCAGUAAGGAGGUCUAGAGACGCUAAUAUCCAGGUUUUUAUUGUGGACAGGUCCAACUUCUAUCCACCAUCAUAUGAGGAAUCUCAGGUCAGAAACAAUGCCUUCGAGGUUGCCCCCACCAUUAUUCCCAUUCCUACAGGCAUGCAAUGGGCCGGCCGAGCUCCUCCACUUUACACGCAGACCUGCUAUGAGAUCUCAGUUGAGGACUUCAGCCAUGAGGAACCACCUACGUAUCAACAGGCAGUUCUUCAGAGCCAGGAUGAUUCACAAGCUGCCUAUCUACCCACAAACAGUUCUGUAGAGCCGGUCUGAACAGCUUCUUUUGGAUCCGAGAGAGAUGUUCACGUGAAAAAAAUUUAGAAGGUUCAGUAUUCUUCAAGGAUCUGGAAAGAUCUGGAGUUUUUGAGGCUGUUAAUUGCCCCUGACUUUAGUAUCACUGGGAGUAAUUAUACUGUGAGCCUUGCUCUAAACUAGGAUCAGGACUGAAGAGUUUCUCAAAGAAUAAAUUUGAAAUGCUUCGAUGGAAUCCUUUAAGAACCCAAGAGAAAAUACUACAGAAGAAGUAGACGUUGUGAUGAUCAUGAUCACUCAGAAAUAACAUGUUGUUAGUAAAAAGGAAACACAAACCUGACAAAAAGUCUAGUCUAUGUAAUCCAAAAGCACAGAGCAAUUUGUUAAAAAAAAAAAAAAAAAAAAAAAGGUUUCCUAGACAGAACUGGUCAAAAAUUAUUUAAAAAAACAUUAGGGUUUUGUGUUAGGAUAAGGCUAAUGUGCACAUAGAAGUGUGCAAUGUGUACUCAAGCUACAUACAAAAUCUUUUGGAUAAGUUCUGCUCUGAGUGGCUCAUUUUUAAAGUUGUAUUAUUGUUAAGGUCUCUUUAGUGUCGAUAGGUCAAGAAGCAAGUAUGCCUGUCAAAUCCAUUGUAUUUUUAUGUUUGCAUUAAUAAACAAUAAUGUUGAGCUCCUCGUCCCAGUUGUGCAAUGUAUUGUGCACUAAAAUAUGAAAGGGUUGUUAUCUCUGUAGACUGUCUUUGUAUGCCAUUGAGAAAAAAAAAAACAUUUAUUCAAGUAUACUAGAAAUACAUCAUUAGUAAGUUUACUACAAACAUACUAAUGUAUACAUGAAGAGAAGCACACUAAGUGUUGAGUAUAUUUAGCUUACUUCUGGUAUACUAGGUGCCAAGUAACUAUUAUUAUUUUUUUUAUGUAAGCAGGUUUUAAUCCAGGAUACAAUAUGCUUUAUGAUGUAUUAUGUCAAUAAAAACUGUAAUAUAUAAAUAAAGGUGACUUGACUAAUGAAACUAACCAAUAAACAAAAAAAUAUUAUAUUCAAUAUAACAUAAUAUUCAAAACUUGAAUCGUG